CGAGGCCAAACCCGAGACGAAGCGAUGGGCAACGGCCUCCUGUCCACGCUGCGCUGGUGGCCGUCCGGCCUCCGUCUCUCCGCCGCCUGGAGUGCCGUCUCCCUCUUCCUCUCUGCCAACCUCUCCGACGCCGUCGUCAGCCUCUCCGGCCUCCGGUGGCCAUCCGAUCUCCGUCUCUCAGGCCUCUGGAGCGCCAUCUCUGGCGCCGGCGACUCCGGCUUCCGGUGGCGAGCGGUCACCGCCGAGGCGAUCGACGAGGUGGCGUGGGCCGCGGUGACGGUGCUGGAAUCGGUGGCUCUGAUCUCCAUGCUCUGCUGCUUCUUUCUCUUCUGCGGAUGCAGCUUGUGAGAAGGGUUGUUGGCUAGAAGGAUCGAUAGGUGAAGUAGAAAGGAAUGAUAAUUAAUAAUUAAUAAAGAGAUAUUUAAUUAUUAUUCACUCUUA